AUGUCGGUAAGUGAACAGGACCCUAAUAGAGCAUACAGAGAAACACAAUCGCAGAUAUACAGGUUGCAGGAAACAUUACUAAAUUCUGCAAGGGCAAAAAAUUUGCAGGAGGAAGAAAGGCAAGAGAACAAUAGUCAACCGCUAGAUCAGUAUGGGAAUUCUCAGGAGCUUGCAACGAGUGGAGUUUCAGCCUUCAACGCACCUGAGGUAGAUUCACAGUCAGUUCUAACUUUUACUGCAGAAAAAUAUCCAAAAGAACCAAAAAAUUUGGGUACACUCUACUACAACCGUUUCAAAGAGGGAUCCUUCGGUGAGGAUUCGACGAGCUACUCUGAGAGACACAAAUUCCCGUAUAAUCUUUAUGACAGGACCCUUCCACCACCGUUCCUUCCAGCUAUCGGUAUUGAUAAGAUCAACAAUAUAGUAAUGUUGAAAAUAACAUAUGAAGACGUUCAGGCCAGCUUGGAUAAUUUAGAAUCUCCUAGAGCGAGAAAUAAUGAGAUUUGGGGGUGUGAUAUCUACUCGGAUGAUUCAGACCCCAUUUUAGUUUUAAGACAUUGUGGGUUCAAACCCGUUGCAUCUCCAGGUAACUCGUUCCCCAAACUAAGGAGAACGCCAGCAAAUAUGGCAAACCAAGAUAGUGUCAUAGGCAACCUUCCCCUGCUGACAGGGACACCUUUCGAUUUAGAGGUGGAGCUUUUGCUACUACCCACUUUACAAAAGUACCCUAGCGUGAAAAGGUUUGGUAUAACCUCGCGAGAAUGGGGGUCGGAGGACACGGUUUUACACGAUGGGAUAAGUUAUGGUAUCUAUAGCAUUGCAAUUAAGCAAAGGUUGGAUAGCAAUAGACCUCAUGAACCAAACGGGUACAUAAAAAAUUUGAAGUGGACUUGA